GACCCUGAUUGGCUGAAGAAAGGCAACAACGGCCUGGACGCGGGCUCGGGGGUCGCCAGAGUCGCCGCCGCGGCUUCUCCUGCUCCUCCUCGCCUCCCUCUCGUGAGCGACUCGCUGGCCAGCCCAGCUCCUCGAGGCGCUGCCGCUGGCGAAAGGGACUGUGGCGAGGGGAGCCUCCUGCCGCCGUCGCAGCGCGACCCUCGCGCGGAAAAUGCUGCCUCUGCUCUUCGGAGCCCCGCUUGGAUAAUUCCUCCCCAUGUACUUGACCUCGCCGCCGCCGCCGCCGCUCCUUAGGCCGGGUAAAGGAUGCUGCCCUGGCCGGUGGGGGGCUGUGACCAGGGGAUCCGCGCCCGCCCGCUCGCCUCCCGUCCCGGUCCUGGGGACUGCUGCCCCUGCCUCGGCUGCUAGCUCCAUCGGCGAGCGAUGACUUCGAAGCACCAGGCGGACUGGAUCCCUUACAGUGUUUUAGAUGAUGAGAGCAGCAAUCUCCGACAACAAAAGCUUGACAGACAGCGAGCAUUACUUGAGCAGAAGCAGAAGAAAAAACGUCAGGAGCCUCUGAUGGUUCAGUCCAAUGUGGACAGCCGGACAAGGGCGCGCAGAAUGAAACAGUCAGAAGAACAAGCACCAUUGGUUGAAUCUUACCUCAACAGCAACAGCAGCACCAUUUAUAAUGUACAGGAGCCUGAGCAAGAGGACGUGAAGGUGGUAGCAGAGUCACAAGCUCCAAAGUCAACUAAAAAAGCCAAGGCAGCCACAGGAGGCUGCCAAACUGGCAACAUCAGAAAAGAGAAAAAGAGGAAGCACAAAGGAAUUGAUGGUCCAGCUGCUUUUCAGGAUGAUGUACAGGAAGUGGGGAGCCAAGUUCAAAUACUUACUGUUGGAGAGGCUUGCCAUGAUGAGGAUGAUGUUGAGACAAUAACUACCAGUCAACAACAAGGGACACAGGACCUUAGGUUGACAAUGCAGAAGAAAGGCAUUUCAAGUAGCAUGAAUUUUGAUGAAGAGGAGGAUGAGGAGGAUGAAGACAGCUCAAGUUCGUCACAGUUGAAUAGCAAUACACGACCAGGUUCUGCAACAAGCAAGAAAUCAAAUAAGGAGUCGGCCUCUGGGCCUAGUCCUUCGACAAACAACCCCGUCAUAGAAGUAGACGACCUGGAGGUGUUUGCUGUGAGACCUGCUCCUCAGGGGGUUACUGUCAAAUGCCGAAUCACAAGGGACAAGAAGGGAAUGGACCGUGGAAUGUACCCUACUUACUACCUCCACCUGGAAAGAGAGGAUGGGAAAAAGGUAUUUUUGUUAGCUGGAAGAAAGCGAAAGAAGAGCAAAACCUCAAAUUACCUCAUCUCCAUUGACCCUACCGACCUGUCACGAGGAGGAGAGAGUUUCAUUGGAAAGCUAAGAUCAAAUCUUAUGGGGACUAAGUUUACAGUUUAUGAUAAUGGAGUAAACCCAAUGAAAACAACGUUGAGCUUGGAGGCAAGUAAUCUGCGCCAGGAGCUAGCUGCUAUUUGCUACGAAACAAAUGUUUUGGGGUUUAAAGGUCCUCGUAAGAUGAGUGUCAUCAUACCAGGGAUGAGUAUGGACCAUGAGAGAGUUUCCAUCAGGCCACGCAACGAGCAUGAAACUCUCCUUGCAAGGUGGCAGAAUAAAAACACAGAAAGUGUCAUUGAGCUGCACAACAAAACUCCAGUCUGGAACGAUGACACCCAGUCUUACGUUUUAAAUUUCCACGGUCGCGUGACACAGGCCUCAGUGAAAAAUUUUCAAAUUAUUCACGAUAAUGAUCCUGACUAUAUUGUGAUGCAGUUUGGCCGUGUGGCAGAAGAUAUUUUCACUAUGGACUACAACUACCCAAUGUGUGCACUUCAAGCCUUUGCUAUUGCCCUGUCCAGUUUUGACAGUAAGCUGGCUUGUGAGUGAACCAGCUUACACCUGAGCCUCAUGACUGCCAGGACCGCAUGCCACCAGGAGGAGUAAACAGAAGUUUCAGGUUUUCUCUGGUGUCAUCACUGGUUUCAUGUUUUAAUGGGGCAGGUAAAAUUUGCUUUUUUGAAGGACCAACCCUUUUGCUGGAGAGAAAAUAUUUUAAAAUUCAGGACUUUCAGGAAAUAUUUUUUCCCCAUCUAGUCUCUAUUUUUUUCUGGAAGGGGCAUCAGAGAUCUGUAAAUAGAAAUCCUACCUUGCGUCCUCAGUUUUGUGAUGAAGAUGUGCCAUGAGGUACUGUAUCAUGGCUUAAAGUGAAAACACCAUUGAGAGUGGUGCUUUUUCUUCUUCUUUCCUAAAUCCAUGACAGCUACCGCAACACAAAUCUGGUUUUAGAUUUAAGAAGUAUUCAGAGGCCGUAAGCAUACCUCAAGAUCACAUUAAAUUCCUUGAGAGCUUCACAUCACCCACUUUAGAAACAAGACCACAGGAAAGAUGCACUUUAAAAACACACACACAGAGAGAGAGAUUAAGGUAGCAUUUGGUCUCAAGGCCAAGACCAAACUUAGUUUGUUAUAUUGCUUACGUGGGAGGGGCCUGAUGAUUUUCUAGUCAUGAUGGGAGAUGGGCGAGAGAGAUGCAGGAAGCACAAAUUAAUGUUGCACAAGUCACUUGUAAGCCAAGUUGUCAUUUUAUAGAUGUGUUUUAAUUUAAACCUUACUUUCAAAUGCAAAGUCAUUGUUAUUUUUUAAAGGAGAGAAACUGCACUCUUGCAAAGUUGCCAUAUGGAUGCUAGAAAUUAUGUUAUCUCACGAGAGCAAGUCAUAUCUGGGGAACUUCCUGUUGUCAUUGAGAGCACGCAUUCACUUUGCAAUGUAUGAUGCCUUGGGUUCAAUCUGUGGCACAUUCAGUAAACACAGAGUUGUGGGACCUGUGACCCUCCAGAUUUUGCUUGGGGAUGAGGGAGUUUGUAGUCCAGCAACACCCAGAGGUCUGCAGGUUCCACUUUUCUGAUCUUAAGAUUCUGAAGAGCUGGGCUGGAAGACUUGAAGAGCUCAUCAGCAUUGUCAAUAUGGAGCUGCCUAGAUUCAGGUCAGCUUCAUAUGUUCCCUAUGGCACUCAGUUACUUGGAUGAAGACCUCUUCAGACAACUGCCUCUGUGGCAGCUGUUUAGAGCAUACUGCAGUUAUUGCAAAAUGUUAUGAUUACAAAAUAUGUCCUGCCCUUUUGAGGACAAAAUCAAGAAUUACCAUAUGCUAAACCUACAGUGACUGAUACUGUCCACUUAUCUGUUUUCUUGGAAAGGACUCUAAAGUUGCACAUUGAUGUGAAAAUACCGCCUACUGAGACUGAGCCAGUUUGCUGCGCAAGCGUAUUUGAGGUUACAUGCAAAGGGAAUUAGUGGUGGACAUGCACAUUUAUUUUUUAAAGUGUCCCGGUUUCAAAUAUAUACUAUGCUGCCUUUUAAUUACUAGAUCAAAAUGUUUCAGAAGAAUACAGGCUGUUGAAUAUCCUAUUUUUAUUUAUUUUAAGUUCAAAAAAAGGUACUACAAAUUGAGCUGAAAGGAUGCUUCACCACUUGGGUCCAGAUUCAGAGGGAGUAUGCAGUAAGGCAAAGCACACAGCUUGGGAGAAAAAAGGUGCCAUGGGAUUUGUAGGAAGACAUUCUUUCUUGGCCAUAUCAAGGGAAGGCUGGGGAUGAACAGCUUCACCACCAAUACCAUACGAGGAUUCACUUUGGAUGUAUGUCAUUGUGUAGUGGGGGCAACAAAUACUUCAAAAUCUCCCGUCCUAAAUCAAAACACAAAAUAGCAUUCUAUUAUUGGAUGACAACGAAGCAGUGACCGUGCCCCAAGAUGUGGAGAAACCCUAACAUAAUGACAGUUCACACAGCACAAGGAUUCAACCAACCCAGUGAGUUUCCAUUUUCUAUGGGAUGAUAGCCGAUUAUGAGAGUGGUGAAAUACUUUCAUGUGGCAGGGAAUAGGGGGCCAUGCAAUAUGCAAGGAAAGAGAUUUGUGGGAUCCCAGAUUACGGAUUAGCUAAAAAAAAAACCACCGCAAAACUCUGCCAAUGAACUCUACAUAAAAUCUGAUAGAAGAGCUUUGUGGCAGAAUCCAAAAGAGCCUUAUUCAGCAUUAAUUUCUUUAUUUUAAAUAUUUCUAUGCCAGUCUUCACCCUAUUUAGGAUUUCAGGAGCAAUUGUAUCAUGAUACAUACAAUAAUAAAACAGUUAAAAAUUACAAUGUUAGAAUGCCUAGGUGAAGAAGAACACAUUUGCCUGGCGCCAAAGAUUGCAACAUGGGUGUCAAGCUAGCCUUUUUUUAAAAAAAAGAGAGAGAGAGAGAGGACAUGGCAUGAGAGAGGAAAAACUGCUGGGAAAAAGCCUUUUGUUUAUUUUUUUAUUUACAUGUAUUUAUAAACCACAAUAUUUAGAAAAAAAAUCCAAAGUGGCGUACAUAAUUUUUUAAAAAUACAACAUAAUUUCAAAAAUCCUCACUGACCAGUGAAAUAAAAUAACUUGCUAAUGUUGCUUGUUGAUGUCAGUUGUUUAAAUAGCUUACCUUCACUAAUCUCAAAGCAAGAACAGAUAUUAGAAGAAUUAGAUUUAGGCUUAUUUCUGUGGACCUGUUCUCCGAGAAAGAGUGUUGCAGCCUCAGAAAUGUGACCAUCAGCCAACCAGACAUUUCCUCUAAUUUACCAAAUAUUGUAUGAUAGGAAAAUAAGAUCCAAGGACGUGGCUGUGAUGAGAGUUUGUAUCCAUCUGGAUUGUGUGAUUUUAGACAUUCAGAUAAUUAUGUUCUGUGUAUUCCCCCCCCCCCCCCGGGGGGGGGGGCGAGGUAGAAUUUUUACAAAAAAGGGAGCAAGUGGAUUUCAUUGUUCACGUGUGCAUUUGAAUUAUUGUUGGUUUUUUUAAUGCCUUUAUUUCAUAGAUUCUUUCAGCGAGACAAAGGGGCCUCAGUGGGAUUAUCAGUAGCAACGCUUUCCAAAGUGGGUAGCUGGGAAGACUUGAUUGAGUUUUUGUUCAUGCCUUGGGCCAAGUUAUCAAAAUAUUCUAAACAGGGAGAAUUGCUGCUGUCUUUUCCCACCAUCAGUCAUUACAGAAAAGACAUGCACUAAGUACCAAAGAAUUUCAGGUUUUAGAUUACUAGAGAUUUAGGUUCAGGGGCACCUUAUCAAAGUGCAUGCGAGGGAAGCAAGAUUCACAGCAACAAAUUAGACUUAAAUAAAAAUAAAAAUCCCCCAUGGCUGGAAACCAAAACAACUGUUGAAGAGCUUACUUACUUCGCCAAACCUUUAUUAGGCAUUAUAGGCCAUUAUAUACUUUAUAUACAAAUAAACAGGCAUGUAAAAUAUAUAAUAACGAGGAUUUUCAUUGGGGUUUCUUCCCGCUAAAUAGUGCCAUUCACCACUGUAAGUCAUACUAUUGACAAUAACUCGGCCACUCUUGCAGUUACUACCAGGUUAAUGUCAGACAGAUAGAAUCUGAUAUUUUCAUUGUGCCAUGAUGUUAGACUACCCAAAAAGGGGCAUAGCACACAUUUAAUGUAGUUGGUUGUACAAUGGACAGUAGAAUAGAAUUUGUUCCACCGUGUCCGGAACAUUCAAAUAACAUCCUCAAUGCCUAUCAUUUCUGGGGAACUUUCAAGAGGAAGCAUAGGUGUAUCCCCCUAAACCUUCAAUUUUCAAUUUAGACUUUAAAGCAGUUUGAUACCAUACCCAAGGCCUUAAGCGCAGUAACUAAAUAGUCUUAUGGAAGUAAUUAUAAUAAAUGAUAGCGCUUUGGAGAGAAAGGUGUUUUGAUUGCCGAAAUGAUCUCCAUCUGCGUGUUUUACAGCACCCUUGUUUGUUAGGAGGACUUGAAUAGGUCAAGUGUUUGGGCGUUUAUGAUUGAGGUUUAUAAAGUUAUGCAUGGAAUGGGAAAAAAGUGGAUGAAGUUAAUUCCCACCCUCCCAAUAUUGCCAGAACUUAGGGGUCAGCCAGUGAAAUUGAGCACGAAGCUGUUUGUUCACACAAUGCAUGAUUAAUAAACGGAACGCUCUGCAACAAGGUGAAGCUUUGGGCACCAGCAUGGCACUUUCAGAAAGGAGCAGACAUUCUUGGGCUAUUAAACAUCAUAGCUAAAAGGGUAUCCAGCAUUAAAUGCAGAAUGUUACUGGGGGUUUUGUUUUGGGGGGUGGUACUGGGUACUUAAGUUCUCAAAGGUGGUGAACUGCUUCCCGGGCUCACUCCUUCCUGGAAGCUUUACUCUGCUCCAAAAUGCAUUGCUCUC